AUGAUAAGAAAGUAUAUCCUAGCAUCUGUUACAAAAUUUGGCGAUGAUCCAUCGAUCAUUGAAGUAUACGAUAGAAUAUUGUGGGGAAUAUUAAUGUAUGGUGGAGCACAUAUCAAAACGCUAUGGUUUUUUAAAAUGUUAAGAGAUUACUAUGACACCAAGUUGAAUUUAAGUCCAUUUGAUUUGAAAAAUGAGCCAAUCAAACAGUUUGAUGAGGACCUAUUGAGAAGUUCAAAUGCUUUGCCAAUAGUGGAGCAAAUCUACUACUUGAAGGAAAAUAUAAAAGCAGUUGAUAUGUGGGACCAACGACAUGGAAGCAGUUUUUUGAUCCCCCAGAUUUUGGUGGACGUCGACGACAACAACUUCGGGAAAGCCAUUCUCAUGGACGAGUUCUUUGAUGAGAACAACCCCUACGGCAACAACAAGGGCUUUGUGAUUGGUACUGCUCAGAGAGCCAGCAGGAAGCUUAGGGGCCAUAUGAAGUUGCACCAGAAGAUCGUCCGGUUCCAGCUCGACAAGAGCUCUGAGUGGAUCUACCUCUGGACCAAGGCCUACUGUGAUCAUCAGUCUCACGACGUGCCUCUACCCAUCCAGCAGUUUCUCGGACUCUGUGCCGAGUGA